CACUAGCGGCCAAGGCAAAUGACAUUACCAUUUGUUCGCGGAAGUGGCUUUUUUGUGUUGGUAGAAAGGGGGCGGUGGAGGGAGGAAAGGAAGAGAAACUAAAGAAGAAAAGUUUCAGCCCUCUUUCUAAAGAAAUUCAUAUGCACACUGUACGACAGCUGGCGUUUUUGAACCUUCGCAUUCAGCCACUUGUGUAAUUUAGUUAGAGGUAGGCCUACGGGACAACAACAGCUGGGAGAAAGCAAGAGGCACAAAAGGGACAAGGAGGAAGAUAGCUGGUUACCAAACAGGAAUAAGGGGGAGGAGCCUUUUAGAGGGGAAACAGCCCAUGAUGUCUCUACUAUCUCCAUCCCUCUCUCCUUCCCCUCCUCCAUCCAUUCCGUUGUCCUUCCCCUAGUGUGUGUGUGAGAGAGAAAGGGAGAGAGCAAUGCUCAGUGCACACGCAUGCAUAUACUGUUAAAUGAUUUAGACUGCAAAGUGGGAGAGGGGAAAAGGGGAGGAGAGGGAAAGGGAAGGAGGGAGGGAAAGGGAAGGAGGGAAGGAAAUGGAACGAGAGAGGGAAAGGGAAGGAGGGGUGAGCGGAUGAGACAGCAGCAGCGCAUGAGCAAGAGAGAGAGAGAGGCGGCAUCACCCAGACAGACAAGACAGAGCUGGAAGGAAAGCAAAGGGGAAUGAGAGAGCGAAGCAAGAGGAGGAGAGGAAGACAAUGAAGGAGUGCCGCUGUUCAGCCCUGCCAUUCUGCUGUUUCACAUUCAACUGAGACGGGGAAGAGAGGAAGAGGACAAGCUGAGGAGAGGAUAGAUGGAGAGGAUAUGAGAUCUGGCAAUGACUUUGUGAUUUAAACGAGUGGAAGAGAGGAGAGAGAGAGGGUGUUUAAACAUGAAUAUGGUUCUGAUGUGAAUAUGGAGCUCUGUUAAUACCAUGCUACGGAUAAUCACCUCUACUCUGUCUAACCCAAAAUAAGGAACAAUCGUUUUACAUUUUUCAUUCACUCUUGAAGCAAAGGAAGAGUUCUCAAGAAUUUAUUCACAACUCAAAGCAAAAAAAUAACAUUUUUUGUAGUAAAAUAAACAAUUAUAGGUGGAAAAAAACCUGCUCUGCAGAUUAUUAUACAAUCACCACCUUUGUCGUUACUUACCUAACAGUUAGGACUGUACAGGAAAACAUUCAGGUUGUUGUUAUGCAAUUUUUUUCUAAAGUGUUAGCUAUUGUGAUAGUAAAGUUUAUUGAUAUUAAUAUUGACUAUCAUAUAUGAAAGUAUUUCAUCCUCUGAAGCAAUAUAUGUUGUGUUAAUCCAUGUGUCCUAGCCAGAGUCUGGAAUCAGCCAGGUUGGGAUGUCAACAUUGAUUUGGUUUUAUGGCCGGUGCGACGUGGGCCAAACUUUGAUCAUUUCCUGAGUGGUAUUGAUCCCUCCAGGAGUCUCUGGCUGGCCGACCGGCUGUGGUUUCUAUAGUUAGAUGUUAAAGGCCGUAAUGGGUCAGUCUCAGCUCUGCUUAGCUGCUCCUGGGCUCUGAUUUGUGGAAGCAGUCUGUUAUCUCAUUGUCUGAGAUGUUUCUGCCGCUGUCAGGAUUUCUCAAUAUAGAUCCUGAGCAGGCUUCUCUUUUAAUGUUUGUUGCCAUGGCAACUUGCAUCCGCUGCAGUCAGAGACAGACUGAGAUGUAAAGUUAUUUUGAGUCUUUUUCUCUUUUUUCAAAUACUGGUGCUGUUCUUUCUAUACUUUUCUGUCUAGGGUGGUGAUAACCAGGAGAAACAGUCCAGACAGGACCGGGCUACUGGUGGGGUGGUGAUAACCAGGAGAAACAGUCCAGACAGGACCAUACUACUGGUGGGGUGGUGAUAACCAGGAGAAACAGUCCAGGCAGGACCAGACUACUGGUGGGGUGGUGAUAACCAGGAGAAACAGUCCAGGCAGGACCAGACUACUGGUGGGGUGGUGUCAACCAGGAGAAACAGUCCAGGCAGGACCAGACUGCUGGUGGGGUGGUGACGACCCGGAGAAACAGUCCUGACAGGACCAGACUACUGGUGGGGUGGUGAUGACCAGGAGAAACAGUCCAGACAGGACCAGACUACAGGUGGGGUGGUGAUGACCAGGAGAAACAGUCCAGACAGGACCAGACUACAGGUGGGGUGGUGAUGACCAGGAGAAACAGUCCAGACAGGACCAGACUACUGGUGGGGUGGUGAUGACCAGGAGAAACAGUCCAGACAGGACCAGACUACAGGUGGGGUGGUGAUGACCAGGAGAAACAGUCUAGACUACUGGUGGGGUGUUAGUGUGUUGAACCUCUAACCUAUUUAUGUAAAUGUAGGCUCUGUCUAGAAUUCUAGACUGAAUUUGAUGCAGUGUUCUUGCUGGUUUGCCAUGAGGUAUAUCUCUCGUUCUCUCUCUUCAACGUCUGCCGUGCCAUCUUUGCUGGUAACUAGCGUCCUGACCGGAACAGGUGGUAUACCAAGCCGAUGUCAGAAAUGACUAGUCUGGAUUAUAAUCAGAUAAUUCUACAUGUGGACAUAUCAUUCACUUUGUACAGCUGUGGAACUGUGUAGUCUUAACUGGUAUAAUCAGCUGUGUUGUUUAUGUGUUAGUGUAGUGGUGACUUUCUCUACUUGUUGUGUGUGUUUUCUAUCUGUGUGUAGGAGAAUCAGGAAAUCUUUUCAGGUAGAGGGCGCUAUACUCAGCACUCAUCUGACCUACACUGUGUUUUAUUCUGUGCACUAACAUCUGGCAGGGCGAGGGUUAAACCUGCUGUACUAGCAUUUACUAGUGUUAACCUAUGUUUGCUAACUGACCCGUUGGCUAUGUUUGUGACAUCUCGUCACUGUUAGCGACUGGUUCUGUCUGUUGCUAGCGUUGCGUUGCUAGCGUUGCAUUGCGUUCAAUUGUGAAACGCUAGCAACUCUAUACGUUCAUCUGUGUUGACAUUUAUAUUUUAGUCAUUUAGCAGACACUCUUUUCCAGAGCGACUUAGAGUUGUGAGUGCAUACUUGUUCGUACUGGUCCCCCAUAGGAAUCGAACCCACAACUCUGGCGUUGCAAGCCUAAUGCUCCACCAGGUGAGCCACACGGGACACGUUGUCUACAGCCACUAAUUGGCCGUCGCGAUCUGACCAUCUAGCCUGCAUUUAGUAUUCCACUGGUAGUGCUACAGCACUAGGACAAAUAGACAUUUAGAGCAUAGACUAUAAUGGAAGACUUUUGUAGUUAUGCGAAGACAGUUAGGCUGUGCUAAGAGCCUGCCGUAGGCUGCCGUAAGACCUUAAUAGCCCUUCAUAGCCCCUACAUAGCACUUCAUAGCUAAUCCCAGUCUGAUGUGUUCUGGUGCUCUCUGUCUGGGAGGAGACGUUAGCUAGUUAUAUUCCAGGUUCAACCUCCACUAUUCAGUCCUGUGAGCUGACAAGCCCCUGGAGUUAUAUUCCUGGUUCAACCUCCACUAUUCAGUCCUGUGAGCUGUGUCUUGUGGCUGGAGACUGUUCAUGUUAGACAUCUUUAGUUUUCUCUUUGGAUGGACUAUGCAGAUUGUUCGGACUGUAGUUAGCUCAGUGUUUCUAGUUAGGCUAGUACUGUAUCGUGCUGUGCUGUGUCAAGAAAUACACAUGCUUCUCUCAGGUAACUGACUAUUGGCGUGGCUUGUUUAAACAAGACUGUUUCUGUGGAAUCGAUAAGGAGAGAGAGAGAGGGGAGGGAGGUUUAAUUAAGUGUAAUGACUGGGUGAUGGAGUUCUCUAACAAGCCUCCAGUACCAUUCAGGUCUCAUUAUCAUCAAAACAAUCCCACCGAUGGUGUCAUCAGCCAAUGACCUACAUUCUCUCUUGUUACAUCACCACUGUGUGUGUCACUGUUUCUGUAACCAGAAAGAGGCAACUUCUCCAACUCUAGCACUUCUGAUGCUAUGGUGCUCCAGAACGUAUCCACUCUAACCAGGGCAGCAAUGUUCUAGAACAGCUCUACCUACGGUUUUAGCCAUAUCAGAAACUUCAGUCAGGGACAAGCCCAGCAUCUGGUGCUUUCUUAUCUAUCAGUCGUUUCUUAUCUAGUGGUGUCUGUUACUAGGUUAUGUGCAUUGUAUAGACUCUGGCUGUAGUUACAGAGUGAGUGUGGAGAGAGACAGACAAUCUUUGAAGUAGAGGGACUGUUUAAGAGGACAGUCUGGAGAACGGGAAAGGAGACGAGGGAGGGGGGGAGGGGGAGCGAGAGAUCAUUUGGAAGAGAAGGCAGGAAGUGGUGGAGCGAGAGAAGGAGGAAGUGCAGCGGCUACUGAGGGAGGCACAGAAAACAGUGUGGAGGAGGAGAGAGGGAUUCCAGGAGAGGAUAGGAGAGGACAAGCUGAGGGGAGAGAGAAGCGCAGAGAGCGGGAGAGAGACUGCACAGGAGGUGAUCUGGAGGAAGAGAGAGGAAGAGGGGGAGAAAGCCAAGGCCAUCCAGAGAGGACACGAGACCAUCUGGAGGAAGAGAGAGAGGGAGUGAGGAAAAGGGAGAGGGAGUGUGUAAGGAAGAGGGAGUGAAAGAGUACAGAGGAGGAAGAGUUAAAUUACUUAGGAGCAUUCUCCAGCAGCCUUGGAACCUGAAAAACAAAGCUGCUCACAGGAGAGAAAGAGGGAUAAAGAGAGAGAGAGAGGAAUAAAAAGCAGGAGGGAUAGAGAGAUUUUCCCUGCCAGAAUUGGUGUCUGGCCAUAGAUCAGCAGGUCUUAACAGAACUUUGCUAUAUUAAACUCUGCAGAUAAUCUUACUCUGUUGUAUCAACCCGUGUGUGUGUGUGUGUGUGUGUCCCUUCUGAUCUACUCGUUGGCAGCUGAUAGGGAUUUUAUGGGCCCGUGUCAGGCAAGAGAGGCUAGUGAGCUACUGUCCUGACAGACACGCUGAAACGCGCACACACACACACCACAGACUCACACACUCUGUGCCAUUUACAGGCAGUAGAGUAGGUUUCUACUCCAACACAUGCUAACAGACACAUGAGGGUAGGCCCCUUGAUUGAGUAACUCAUACCACCUGAGUUUCUGUGUCAAUAGACAAUCACAUUCUGAGGUUGUAUGUGGAAUCUCCAUGGUGCUCAAAGAUGAACAACUGGACUUAAGUGCCAUGCUACAUUAGUUGACAUGCUGAUGUGCUCAAACAGCAUUUUUCAGAACAGGUGCUACAUACUUGAUCACAAAAAUCCUUUUUGAUUCUGUCUAUUGGAAAGUGGCAUUAAUUUCUGUGGAUUGAAAGUGAUAACAUGUUGUAAGACUGACAGCGAAGACACCAAACAACUGAGUAUCACUCCAUCAGUGUGCUGGGUUAGACUCUUAGAGUGAUCCCCUCUGAUCUUCAAUCGCUCCUCUUGCUGCUCUCCUCUGUCUUGUAGAUGGUGUUUCUUGCGCAGUGUCUGCUGCACUGCCUGACAAUGACGGGAGGAUAUAAAACAGGGCGGACGGACAGACAACGGUCACUGAGAGGGAAAGAAAGACGAGCGAGUUUUUGAGCGAGCGACUGAUAAUACAGAGAAGGAGAGAAUGAACCACCGUUGUUGUUUAGACUGAAUCACACCAGUGUGUGUGGACUUGUUAGAGAAACACUGAAAUAACAUCAAACAUCUCAGAUCCAUGAUGGAGCUGGUCCCUAAAACUAAGUACACUCACUUCCGGAGUGAAUCUCUCAGUUCGAAUGACGAUACCAACUCCAACCCUUUGUCCCUCCCCCCUUCCACCCCCGCAACCCCCCUCACCCCUCCUGGGCUACCCUCCUCCCUCUCCUCCUCCUCUCUCACACCCAUCCUCCCCCCUUCCUCCCCCCGCCGGGCCGAGAACAGCCCCACCACGCUCUGUUCCUUCUUCCCCAGGAUGGGAGCCCUUCGCCUGGGCAUCUCUGCUACUCUACUCCCAGGCCUCAAGGUCUCCAUUAGGCCUCAGCGGGCUCAAGCCCCCAUGGGGUCUUCAGGGGGUAACAGUUCCAGCUCUCCCACUCCUCACCCCCCUCCUUGUCUAACAGCCCCCUCUCCCCCCCAUCGCCCCCCUCUGCAGGAUAUGAACCGGCUGGGUGGGGCGUCCAGGAGGGCGCGGGUGGAGGGGGGGCAGCUGGGGGGAGAUGAGUGGACGCGCCACGGCUCCUUCGUCAACAAGCCCACCAGAGGAUGGCUACACUCAGACCAUGUGGUCAGCACCACUGGGGUCGCCUACUCAGUACGGUAUAUGGGCUGUGUGGAGGUGCUACAGUCUAUGAGGGCGCUGGACUUCAACACCAGAACUCAGGUCACCAGAGAGGCUAUCUCAGUGGUGUGUGAGGCAGUGCCUGGAGCCAAAGGAGCCCAACGCAAGAGAAAGCCGUCGUCUCGCUGUAUGACGUCCAUUCUGGGGAAACGUAACCUGCAGUUUGCUGGGAUGACCAUCAGCCUGACGGUCUCUACCAGCAGCCUCAACCUGCUGGCCUCCGACUGCAAACAGAUAAUUGCAAAUCAUCACAUGCAGUCCAUCUCUUUCGCUUCUGGAGGAGACCCAGACACAGCAGAGUAUGUAGCAUACGUGGCCAAAGACCCAGUCAACCAGAGAGCGUGUCAUAUCCUGGAGUGUUCGGAGGGCUUGGCCCAGGAAGUCAUCAGUACCAUAGGGCAGGCCUUCGAACUACGCUUCAAACAGUACCUGAAGAACCCCCCCAAACUGGUCACCCCCCAUGACAGGAUGGCUCCGUUUGAUGGCUCAGCGUGGGAGGAAGAGGAAGAUGAGGGAGCACCGCCCCCUGCAGAUGUUCCGUACUAUAAUAACUUCCCCGGGAAACAACCUCCUCCUGGGGGACUGGUGGACAUGAGGGCCCGCCCUGGGGCUACGCUGCCCUAUGGACAGCCGGGCCAGAAUGAUAUUCACAAGCAGCCGCUUCCCCCUCUACCAAUGGGAGCAAAGGAGGGAGGGCGGGACCUGUGUGAUGACCCCUCAUACGUCAAUGUGGAUAAACCCCGCCCCGCAACAGCUGCAGCCAAUGGCAAUGCUCACAGAGAUGCGUUCGACAUGAAGCCGUUUGAUGAUUCCCUGGGUGUAUCAGGUCUGGGGGUCUCAGCGGCGCCCCCUCUGGUGGAACAGCUGCAGUGCGAGGCCUGGUUCCACGGCAGCCUGAGUCGCAGGCAGGCUGAGAGACUGCUGACCCGUGACGGAGACUUCCUGGUUCGAGAGUCAGGCACCACCCCUGGACAGUACGUCCUCACUGGACAACAGGGGGGUCAGCCCAAACACCUACUACUGGUCGACCCAGAGGGAGUGGUACGUACCAAAGACCACCACUUUGAGAGUGUGAGCCACCUGAUCAGUUACCACAUGGACAACAGACUGCCCAUCGUAUCAGCAGGCAGUGAGGUGUGUCUGCAACAACCAGUGGAGCACGGGGCCUGAACACACACACACACAGCAAUGCAACACACACACACUCUCAGAAACACUACACACAUAAGCAGUGCUGACAACAUUAAGGAAAGCCAAAAAAACACCUCUAUCACUCUUUCUGCCAAAAUCAUUUGCUCUCUGCUUUUCCUCACACCCUUCUCUCCUCCUGGACGACUCACUGUUACCUCAGUGAUCCCUACUUCUGUUCAUCCUUCCGUCAUCGAGGUCCACUCCCUCCAUCCCUCCAAAGAACGUGGGAGUAACACCUAGGAACAUUUUAUUUUCCUUCUCAUUGGGACAGAAAUUAAUACAAUUUAGUAAAAAAACUGAGCAUUAUUAAUUAAAUCAUGCCAUUGUAUCAUUUCUGAAUGAUUCUAUCAUAGUAAAAGAGGACUAUGCACCUUGGAGGGGAGGAGUGAAACGUAGAGAAAGGAAUGGAGGGAUGGGGGGAGAGGUCUUGAUCCAGACAUGGCAGAGGAAACAGUUUCUCUCACCGUCACAGAAGCACUCCAAAGACUUGUCUGAUGAUUGGACUCAUCAGAGAGCCAAUCAAAUAUCAGUGGAACACAGGAACAGCCAAUCAAAUAUCAGUGGAACACAGGAACAGCCAAUCAAAUAUCAGUGGAACACAUGAAUAACCAAUCAUGACUGAGAUCAGGCCUCCUGUUAAUAUGCAUUGACAUUUUUGUGUCCACACCAAUCAGGGCCCUCGCUUACCAUCAAGCCACUUCCAUUAAAAUACCUUUCAUCUUUGACCAUUGACCCUGAGUGAUACCUGGUGAUAUCACGGUCUCUGUAUGCAAAAAGGGGGUUGCUAUACCAACAACCAUUGUCUCUGUCUGUCCAAAUAUGGACAAGGUUUCUUUCCGGCCUCUGAAGGUGGAGUUUGAUAAAAGGAUGUCCGACAUCCGCCUGUCUGUCUGCAUGGGACUGGUCUCCCUGUCUGUCUGCAUGGGACUGGUCUCCCUGUCUGUCUGCAUGGGACUGGUCUUACCUUUCUGUCCUGAUCAUGACAAAGAAAGUGGACUUGGUUGGACUGGGGCGGCAGAAACCAUGGAGAUGACUCCUACACCAACAUACAGUGUGCUAGUCUGUCUGUCAUGUACUUUCAUUGGGAGAAUAGUGUCUUUACAUAGAGAGGGAUGUAGAGAAGACUGGGAAGGGGCAGGAGGCCGGGGGGAGGUUCCACAUCUAGAGAUGUCAUCAGACCUAGACACGAUGUCAUCUGAAAGAGUUCAAAACCAAUUCUAGGACGAUGUCACAGUCAACCCAAAUGCGACUGUCACAAUUUAAUCGGUGCUGUGUUGGAAUCGUAGUUCGGAUUAAUGCCAAUAUUUUCUUGCUUUUCAAUGGAUUUGUUGUUAAUAUCUGCUUGCCUUGACAAUCUAUGGCCAUGUCUCUGUCUGGAUGGGUGGGGGGUGGAGGGGUUGGGGGGCAUACUGGAUGAAGUGUGUUUAAUGCCGAAAGCGUUCGGUCCAGAGCAUUCAAAGCAUAGAUUUUAUCUCCUCUCCAAAUGUGCUGCAACACUUGGUCAGGAGAUUAGCUUUUAGCGUUAGCAUUAGCGUAAGCAUUAGUGUGUGAUGAUUCUUCUCAGUUCACUGCAGGGAAAACUGUGUUAUCAGCACUGUUCACAACAAAAUCUGGGAGCUUCGCGAACGUUGGUCAGAUGUUGGACUUUGACGUGUUGUUUUCCUUGGAAUUAGAAGAUAGUAGAGGGAGAGAACGUGGAGGAAUCAUCCUCUCCCUCCUUCUCUUCAUGAUAUGUUUUGUAUCUUUUACUCGUGCCUUGUUUCUUCGAUGCAGUCACCUCACUCCAGUGCAGCCUGUCACCUAAUGUACUGUGCUUAUUGUACAGUCAGUUGAUGUACUUAAUCCAAAUGUAGUGGACUGUUGGAUCCUGUCACAUGGUCUCUCAGUCCAUCAAAGACUCUGCAAAAAGGACACUGACUCUCACCACCCAGGUCCAGUGAUGCCAAUCCGCUCCUCUAUUGCACAUUCAUUCUUACUUCCUGUUGUCACGGUUGCUUGAUGUCGCAGCUCUCAUUGGAAGGAUUUCCACUCCACCUGUAAAUAACAUCAGAUCUGAUUGGUUGGUUUGAGUUAUUUGUUCUGAAAUGAAAGUCUUUAUUGUUUAGAUGUUAUUAAUAACAUGGGUGGGACAGAACCAGAUACUGUAUUUCACAUGUAAUACCCACGGAAAACUUUUCUCUCUGAAUCCAAUUCAUUUUGAUUCUAGCCAAUGAACCAUGUCCAGGUUUUUGAGGGAGGCUGAAACCAAACUGUAAAUGUGGAAGUGAAGAGUAACCUGGGAUCUGCCACCUGCUGUACAAAAUAUUUCUGUCUCAUCAGUAGGGUUGCAAAAUCCUGUGGUUUUCCAGAAAUCCUGGUUGGAGGAUUCACGGAAUUCCUGUUUAUUCGCUCGUGUAAUUCUAGGAUUAUUUUAACCAGGAUUUCUGGAAAACCGGGGAAUUUGGGGAAAGUUAUCUGAAUUUUGCAACUCUAGUCAUGAGAAAGGGCUCUCUGAACCCGGACAGGUAAUUGUUUUAUUCAUCUUUCUCAUCGUGCUUGUGUGUGUGUUGUGAGAGAGGAUGUGUGGAUGAUCAGAGUUUAUGGUUGGGAGUGUAGGGGGUUGUGUAGUUCUUACAUGGUGGCACUUGUGCUCUGUGUGUGAGGCCUUUGCUUCAUUCUGUCACAAACACACAGGAAGGACAGCUGUGUUAGACACAGACUGUUUAAGUGACUAUAGGUCCUGGAUAGGCAACAAGAAAACAAGUAUGCAAGCCCCAAGGUGUGUGUGUAAAAGGAAUCAUCUAUCCUCUACAUAAUUUGUGAAACAUUCUAGCGUUGUCAUUGUUCAUCACAGUUGCCUUUGUUGCAUGGAAAUCAUUGUUUUUACACUUUCUAUAUUGUUGUUUUGAUGUACUUUUUAAUUUGAGUUUUGAAAGCCAAAGGGUUAUUUUCAAUUAGCCUUCACAAAUAUUGAUUUAAUUUUGUACUUUUUACAGUUCUGUUGUAAUGCUCUUGUUCUUUUGGGGGGGAAAUACAUCUGUUUACACCUGUACCUGAAAUCACAGAUUGCAUAUAAAUGCAUAUGUCAUGAAUCUUUCUUGGUGAGUUUGGCUUUAAAAUGCAGUUUCUGGAUUUACACUUUGGUCUCCUGUGAUGUGUUUUCUUAAAUGUUGAUUCAUAACUAUUAAAUAGAACAUAUCCCCUUU